AUGGCCGCCAUCUCGUUGCGUCCCCUCGGCAUGAUCCGCUUGGCGUGGUCACCUCUGCUGCUGCGGGCGGCUGGGCUGGUGCUGGCGGGAGCGGCCGUCGCUACGGUCUCCAAGGCACAGGCAAGGCGUGGUCUUAACAUUGGUGGCGGCAGCAGUGGUGGCAGCAGUGGCGGCAGUGGCGGCGGCAAGGACGAGGGAGGCGGCGACGCAGGCAGUGGGCCCAGCCAGCAGGCCCCCAUUCCCCCCCUCAAGAUAGAUGAGAAGGCGCUAACCGAUGCCGUCAUCGGCGCAGCAGCCCGCCAGCUGCCCACGGCACUCACCUGGCUGGGAGGCUGCGUCUGUGCAGGCGUUGCACUUUUUUUCCGCUGGGUUUUCACCAAGCUGGAAAAGAUGGAUGACAGGCUGGAGAAGAUGGAGGAUAGGCUCAGCAACAAGAUGGAGGCGCUGUUUAACAAGCUGGACGACAGGCUGAACAAGCUGGACGACAAGACGGAGGCCCUGUUCAAGGACCUCAAGCUGGACAUCAACAAGCUGGACGACAAGAUGGAGGCCCAGUUCAAGGACCUCAAGCUAGACAUCAACAAGCUGGACGACCAGCUGCGUGUUGUGAGCAGUAAUGUUGGCGCCAUCAAACUGGUGGCAAUUUCUAGCGCCGUGACGGCGGGCAUGGGGUAUUUCCUGUUCAAGCCGUCUAGAUAG